GUCCGUUAACAUACCGGCAGCUCUCAGACCUCCUCGUCCAACCUUCGCCAGAUUCUGGUCUGAACAGGGACUCUCCGCUUCCGCAGGAACGUGCAGGGGAAUCUAGCUGGGGGGCGAGAAGGAUUCUAAGCUGCGGAGUGACCAUGGCGAGGAAGCCCGGGCUGGAGGGAUGCCUCUUGCUGGCUCUUCUACUUCUGAACAGCGCUGCAACGCGGGCACAAGAUGAUGUGCCACCUUAUUUCAAAACGGAGCCCAUUCGCUCACAGAUCCACUUGGAGGGAAAUCGGUUGGUCCUGACAUGCAUGGCUGAAGGGAGCUGGCCUUUAGAGUUCAAAUGGUUGUACAACAACACGGAGUUGACGCAUUUCUCUCUGGAGUACAGAUACCUGAUCCCAUCACUGGAUCGGUCCCAUGCUGGAUUUUACCGCUGUAUCGUGAGGAAUCGUGUUGGAGCACUGAUGCAAAGGAAAACAGAAGUGCAGGCAGCUUAUAUGGCAAACUUUGAGAGUGGUGAGAAACAUCUAAGUGUCUCCCAAGGAAAUGCUGCAGUUAUCAAGGCACCGAGAAUUUCCAGCUUCCCCCAGCCCCAAGUUACAUGGUUCAGAGAUGGACGGAAAAUAUCACCCAGCAGUCGAAUAGCUAUUACAAUGGAGAACACGCUUGUCAUCCUGUCGACAGUCGCUCCUGACGCAGGAAGGUACUACGUACAAGCAGUAAAUGACAGAAAUGGAGAAAACAAAACCAGCCAGCCCAUUACCUUGACUGUAGAAAAUACAGGUGCUCCAGCAGACCCCAUCGCUCCAGUUAUAAUUAUCUCACCAAAGAACACAAGUGUAGUCUUGGGAUCUCCUGAGGUUACAAUGGAAUGUGUGGCCAAUGCCAGGCCACUAAUUAAGCUAAAUAUUAGCUGGAAGAAGGAUGGAGUACCACUGAGAAGUGGAUUUAGUGACCACCACCGGAAACUGACGAUUCUAAACCUGAAAGCGCGUGAUGCUGGGUACUAUGAAUGCGAAGCUGUUCUCCGAAGCAGCAGUGUUCCAUCAGUCAGCGCAGGGGCCUAUUUGUUUGUGUUGGAGCACCCACAGCUGGUUCUGGAACCUGAGCGUCACAUCACAGCUGAGAUAGAGAAAGUGGUGGAAAUUCCUUGUCAGGCUCAAGGUGUUCCAGCACCAGUGGUGUAUUGGUAUAAAGAUGCAACACUGAUUACAAGGUUAACCAUCCCCAGAUACAAGGUGCUGUCCAAUGGCAGCCUGCAGAUCAAUGGACUGAUCCCUGAUGAUACUGGCAUGUUCCAAUGCUUUGCUAGAAAUGAUGCUGGCGAGGUGCAAACAUUCACGUAUCUUGCUGUUACCAGUAUUCCUCCCAAUAUUACCAGGGGGCCAACAGACAGCACGGUGAUUGAUGGGCUCUCAGUCAUUCUCUCAUGUGAAACGUCGGGGGCACCACGGCCAGCUAUCACCUGGCAGAGGGGAGAGAAGGUGCUCGCAAGUGGGUCUGUCCAGUUCCCUCGUUUCACAUUGCUGGAAUCUGGCAGCCUCCUCAUAAGCCCAUCUCACAUCUCAGAUGCUGGGAGUUACACGUGCCUGGCCACAAAUUCUCGAGGAGUGGACGAGGCUUCUGGAGAUCUCAUAGUGUGGGCUCGGACUCGUAUCACGAAUCCCCCGCAGGAACAGAGUGUAAUCAAAGGGACCAUGGCAGUACUGACCUGUGGCGUGACCCAUGACCCUAAUGUUGCAAUCAGACAUGUGUGGCAGAAGGAUGGGUCUCCGAUUGAUGUGGAUGCCAUUCCACGUAUGCGAAUUGAUGAAGUAGGAACAUUGUACAUCUCUCAGACCUGGUCAGGCGACAUUGGCUUAUACACCUGUAAAGUGCUGUCAGUAGGAGGGAAUGACUCUCGCAGUGCUCACGUCAGAGUCAGGCAGCUCCCACAUGCCCCAGAAAACCUGGCUGCUCAGUUGAGCACGAGUGAAAAGAGAGCCAUUUCGUUGACGUGGGCAAAAGCUUUUGAUGGGAAUAGCCCCCUGCUUCACUACAUUUUGGAAGUGUCUGAAAACAAUUCUCCUUGGACUGUUCACCUGAUGAGUGUAAACCCUGAAUCUGUAGGACUGACUGUCAGGGGACUUAUUCCAGCCAGGUCCUAUCAAUUCCGUAUAUGUGCCGUGAAUGAUGUUGGAAAGGGUCAGUACAGUAGAGAGACUGAGAGGUUAUCACUACCUGAAGAACCGCCAAGUGCAUCCCCACAAAAUGUCAUUGCAAGUGGAAGAACAAAUCAAUCCAUCAUGAUUCAAUGGCAGCCACCCCCAGAAAACCAACAGAAUGGAGCUCUGAAGGGUUACAUUAUCAGGUACUGCUUAGCAGGUUUACCUGUAGAGCACCAGUACAAGAAUAUCACCAGUUCUGAUGUUAAUAAUUUCCUCCUGGAAGACCUCAUCAUCUGGACUAAUUAUGAGAUUGCUGUGGCAUCCUAUAAUGGGGCUGGUUUGGGAAUCUACAGCCCAACAGUCACCGAGUGGACCCUGCAAGGGGUUCCUACAGUGCCUCCAGGAAAUGUGCAUGCUGAAGCCAUUAAUUCCACAACCAUUCGAUUCACAUGGACACCACCCAGUCCUCAAUUUAUUAAUGGAAUUAACCAAGGUUACAAGCUGUUGGCUUGGGAACCUGGUCAGAUUGAAGACUUUACCAUGGUAACAGUUCGGCCAAAUUUCCAGGAUAUGGUCCAUGUUGGUUACAUCCGAGGCUUGAAGAAGUUUGCAGAAUAUUACACCUCAGUGCUGUGCUUCACUACUCCAGGUGAUGGCCCCAGGAGUCCACCCAAACUUGUGCGCACUCAUGAAGAUUACCCUGGUCCAAUCGGACAUCUCAGUUUCACGGAGAUCCUGGACACUUCUUUGAAAGUAAGCUGGAGAGAGCCACAUGAGAAGAAUGGAAUUCUCACAGGCUACCGCAUAUCCUGGGAGGAGUACAAUCGCACAAACACGCGUGUCACACACUACCUGCCAAACGUGACGCUGGACUACCGUGUCACUGGACUGACUGCUCUUACUACAUAUACCAUUGAGGUAGCAGCCAUGACAUCUAAGGGUCAGGGCCAGACCUCCUCAUCCACCAUUUCCUCAGGGGUUCCUCCAGAAUUACCUGGCUCCCCUACAAACAUAGCCAUCUCAAACAUUGGCCCUCGUUCAGUAACUCUUCAGUUUAGACCUGGCUAUGAUGGUAAAACCUCCAUUUCACGAUGGUUGGUGGAAGCUCAGAUUGGUGUAAUAGGGGAGCAUGAAGAGUGGCACCUUGUUCAUCAGCUGGUUAAUGAACCUGAUGCUCGCUCACUGGAAGUUCCCAACCUCAAUCCAUUCACACAUUACAGAUUUCGCAUGCGCCAGGUCAACAUUGUUGGAACAAGUCCGCCAAGUCAGUUAUCACGCAAAAUUCAAACCCUCCAGGCACCGCCUGACAUGGCUCCUGCCAAUGUGACCCUGCGCACAGCAAGUGAGACAAGUCUCUGGCUCCGUUGGGUGCCAUUGCCUGAAUCCGAGUAUAAUGGUAAUCAGGAAUCAGUUGGAUACAAAAUAAAAUAUGGGAAAUCGGAUGGAAAUGGAUCCACACUCACACACAUUAUCCAUGACCGAAUCGAGCGGGAAUUCACAAUCGAGGAUCUAGAGGAGUGGACUGAAUACAGAGUGCAAGUGCAAGCAUUCAAUGCCAUAGGCUCUGGACCAUGGAGUCAAGAGGUCAAGGGUCGUACGAGAGAAUCUGUGCCUUCCUCAGGACCAACAAACGUUUCUUCCCUUGCUCUCAACUCAAACAGCAUCCUGGUCAAGUGGAAUGAGGUUCCGCAACAGAACCGUAAUGGACUUGUCCUUGGCUAUAAGGUCCUUUACAAGGAGAAGGACUUAGAAGCUCCUAUGAAGUUCAAGACCAUUGAAGGCAACUCUACACAUGCUGUUCAACUUGUUGACUUAGGGAAGUAUGUGCUGUAUGAAAUCCAAGUCCUUGCUUUUACCAGAAUUGGAGAUGGAAUGCCAAGCUUCCCACCUAUUCUUGAGAGAACCCUGGAUGAUGUGCCUGGACCUCCUGUAGGGAUUCUGUUUCCAGAGGUUCGAACAACAUCUGUGCGUCUAGUUUGGCAGCCUCCAGCAGAACCUAAUGGCAUCAUCCUAGCUUACCAAGUGACUUAUCGGUUAAACACAAGCAGCACAAACACCGCCACAGUGGAUGUGUUGAAUCCAAGUGCUCGGCAGUAUACAGCUACUGGACUAAAGCCAGAAUGCAGUUACGUUUUCCGCAUUACAGCUCAGACUCGUAAAGGGUGGGGUGAAGCAGCAGAAGCCUUGGUGGUAACAACAGAAAAGAGAGCUCACCCACAACCUCCCAGCAAACCUGCCAUACAACAGCAGGAUGUACAGUCGCGCAGCGUGCUGUUGUCUUGGGAACCAGGCAGUGAUGGGCUGUCUCCAGUUCGAUACUACACCAUCCAAACUCUGGAGUUACCCAAUGGAAACUGGUCACUUCACUCAGCUUCUGUGAGCCAUGAGUCUAUCACGUAUCUUGUGGACAGACUAAAACCUUUCACUUCUUACAAGUUCCGUGUGAAAGCAACUAAUGACAUUGGUGACAGUGAAUAUAGUGAGGAGUCUGAUUCUGUCACAACGCUGCAGGCAGCUCCAGAUGAGGCACCUGAAAUUCUGUCUGUGACGCCACACACUACAACCUCCGUAAUGAUUCGUUGGCAGCCACCAGCAGAAGAGAAGAUCAAUGGAAUACUUUUAGGAUACCGGAUUCGAUACCGAGAACUAGUUUACGACAACUACAGAAGCUUUACCCUUCGCAAUGUGGGUAGUCCCAGUGCUAAAUGGUCUGAACUUACACCAGUGUAUCAUGUUCGGAACCUGAGUGAUUCUUCACUAGCACAAUAUGAGCUGGACAAACUGAGCAAGCACAAGCGCUACGAAAUCAGAAUGAGCGUGUACAAUGCAGUUGGGGAAGGGCCAACCAGCCCUCCUCAAGAAGUAUUUGUGGGUGAGGCAGUUCCCACUGCACCAGCCCAAAACGUGCAGGUGCAGGGCUCAACAGCAACGCAGCUGGAUGUGACCUGGGAUCCACCCCCACCAGAAACGCAGAAUGGUGACAUGCAAGGCUAUAAGAUUUAUUACUGGGAGUUCCAGCGACAGAAUGAGACAGAAAAAUUGAAGACACUUUUCCUCCCUGAAACCAAUGUUAAACUGAAGAACCUUACCGGGUACACCACCUACCUGAUCAGUGUGAGUGCCUUUAAUGCUGCUGGUGAUGGUCCUAGAAGUACACCAAUCAGGAGUCGGACACAACAGGCAGCUCCAAGUGCUCCAAGCUACAUCCGAUUCAGUGAACUGACAACAACCUCUGUGAAUGUGUCCUGGGGAGCACCAAAAUUUCCAAAUGGAAUAAUUGAAGGAUAUCAACUAGUUUAUGAGCCCUGCACACCUGUUGAUGGUGUGAGUAAGAUUGUGACUGUGGAUGUGAAGGGAAACAGUCCCCGAUGGAUGAAAAUAAAAGACCUGUCAGACGGUGUGACUUAUGCUUACCGAAUCAAAGCUAAAACUUUCACAUAUGGACCAGAAAUUGAGGCAAAUAUCACCACUGGACCAGGGGAAGGUUCUCCAGGCCCCCCAGGUGAGCCAUUGAUCUACAGGUAUGGAUCCGUCAUUACUAUUCAUUGGUCCAGUGGAGACUCUGGAAAGGCACCCAUCAGUCGAUAUGUCAUUGAGGCCAGACCAUCAGAUGAAGGUCUGUGGGAUAUUCUAAUUAAGGAUGUUCCUAAAGAAGUGACAUCAUACACCUUCAGCAUGGACAUCCUGAAACAAGGUGUGAGCUAUGAUUUCCGAGUAAUAGCGGUAAAUGAUUAUGGAUAUGGAACACCAAGUUCCCCUUCUCCAUCUGUUUCAGCCCAGAAUGCAACCCCGUUUUAUGAGGAGUGGUGGUUCCUGGUGGUUAUUGCUUUAGUUGGACUCAUCUUUAUCCUUCUGCUGGUGUUUGUACUGAUAAUUCGUGGACAGAGCAAAAAAUACACCAAAAAAACAGAUUCUGGAAAUAACACAAAAGCUGGCACAUUGGCUCAUGAAGAAAUCUUGAGCUUAGACAACGGACGGUUCCCUGCGCUGGAACUUAACAACAGACGCCUUUCAGUGAAGAAUUCCUUCUGUAGAAAGAAUGGUAUCUACAACAGAUCACCACCACGGCCAAGUCCUGGUAGCCUCCAUUACUCAGACGAAGACAUCAGCACAAAAUACAAUGAUCUAAUCCCAGCAGAGAGCAGCAGCCUAACUGAGAAACCCUCUGAAAUAUCAGACUCUCAGGGCAGUGAUAGUGAUUGUGAAGUCGAUCAGAACAGAACUAAGACACAUUCUUUUGUUAAUCACUACAUAAGUGAUCCUACAUAUUACAACUCAUGGAGACGGCAGCAGAAAGGCAUCUCAAGAAUUCAAGCCUACAGUUACACAGAGAGCGAAUCAGGUGAUCCAGCUCACAGCCACCAAUCUGCUACUAAUUCAACCAACAACAUCCAUGUUCCUCAACAAGGCAGCCUCUACCGAGUUAAGAGAAGUCUUACACCCACUCCCCAGCAUCCCUCCAACAGUAGCAGCCAACCAGGUACCCUGUAUCGACCUGCCAGCAGCCUUGCACCAGGAUCUAGAACACCACUAGCAGGAUUUUCUUCUUUUGUCUAAACAAUGCAAGAAGAUGUUGUUUGUUAGUUUUGAAGAGUUAUUGUGUGGAAGACAAUCAGUAAUAUGCUGUUUGCAGCCUUGCACAGAUUUUAUUCAGAGAAAUACAACACAGUUGAAUGGAAAAGAACCUUUACAAGAGCAUCCAGGGCGACGUCCUGCCAUGGCCCAAGGAGAAAGAGCUCUCAAGAAAUUGCAAAUGAAGUGGAGGGUCAAACAGCUACCCACAGAACUACUCAUGCUACCCCAAUGGGCUUAGAUUCUGUUUGGUUGAAAAGUGUACAAAUCUCAUGUAUGAUUAUACAUGUGAGAGAUAAAUAUAACCUGAUGUUAUAGUAGCCAAUUGCCAAGUCAAAAAAUUUAGUGGCUAUUGUUAAUUUCAGUGUGCCCAUUUUAUAUAAAACUGACAGGUUGGAUUUAGUUGCUUUCUUGGCUAUUUGCAACUAUUCUGAUUGGCGAGUUUUUACUUCAUUACUGCUGCAUGACUGCUACGAUGUGAGUCCCCAAUUAACUAGUUAUCUGCGCUUUCUAAUACUAUAGUGUCAAUAAUUUUAUCAUUGCUUUUAAAACAUUUUUUUGAACAAAUCUUCAGAUUCAUAUGAAAUCUGAAGAUAUGGAAGUAAGUCUGCAUUUUCUUUGUCUGUUAACUUGUGGUUGUAAUUCACGAAGACAAAAAAAUGUUUGCAUGAAUCACAAGACAUUAUUGGCCAUGCGUUUGUAAAGUUAGUCUGUGUUUUUUUUAAAUAGAUUUACAAAAUGCAGAAAGUUUUCCCUCAAAAAUAAGGCAAGACAUCUGUCUUUAGGUUUAAAGGUGAGAUAUCUAUGAAAUAUCCUAUCUGUAGAAGCUAAUGGGUGAAGGUUGUCAGUAGAUUUUCUUCCACAAUAAUAACUGCUACCAGGAUGAGGUUCAUUCCAAUAGCAUAAGUCACAGACAUUUGCUGUUUGCUAGUCAACUUAAGUAUUGGGAAAUGGUUGCAAAUACUAUUAAAUUCAAACUAAUUAAUGACAAAUCUCUCUUAUUAUGUUAAUCAAAAAUAGUUUAGGCACAUGUUUGUUAAAUCCUGUAAUCAGUCUCAUGAAAAGCCCACUUAUUUGUAAGGAGUCAUAAUAAUUUUUCCAUUCCUCUUGAUUUCUUCUGCAUAGUUAUUUUGCUCUAGAUGUAAAGAACGACAAUGCCAUGUAGGGCCACUGUACAAACUGUAAAGAAAGGUAGAGUCAUAAAACAUAGGGGCAUUGCAUUGCCGUUAAGAACAACACUUAUUCACAUGAGGAUAUUGUUCUAGCUAUAAGCACCAAAAUAGGAAUGAUAUGGGUCAUUCUUGUAACCAUAGUACCUGUAAUUGUAGAAGCCACUGGCAGUGACCAUUCUGCUUUACCUCAGCAGCUCUUAGCAAUUUCAAUUCAAAGCAAUUCAUUCAGCAAAGGAAAGACACUUGAAUCCCUGGGGUACAAAAAAAUUUAAAUUGGCCACACAUUGAACUUUUAAAAAUUGGACGUAAUGUGGCCAAGUGAUAUUUCUGACCUUUCACUCAUCAAUUUUUUUAAAAACCUAUUUUAUUUUCUCAUUUUCCACUUCACAAACUUUUGUGGAAAACACUAUACAGCAACUUAGAAUGACCAUAUUGGCUAGCUUGCAUAGUAGUUAUUUUGUAAGCAAGAUUGAUGUCACAGAAGCAACUAUUCACUUCCAAAUCCAAAUUGAAGUUGAUUUGUAAUAUCAGAGGAAUAUA